CCGACUUGUAGUACACCUUUAAGCAUCUUCUGGCAUUCUAUUUCUAUUGGAAACAGCUCUCAAAUGAAGCUAUUUUGUGCCGUUUUGGUUAUUUACGUUGUGGCUUUGAUGCUCUUUGGCGCCGAGGGACAUGGCAGUGGCUCCAGCAGCGCCGCCGAGCAACCCAAACUCCGUGGCACACUCUUUCAGCGGGCAGGGCGCCAUGUCCGCGAGCUGAGCCAGGAGUCCGCGAAGGUGGCGAAUGAGGAGCAGCCGCCACCGCCCAAGCAGUUCAGGUCCCGCCGCGCUGUGGCCAAUGAGGAGCCAGCACCACCACCCAAGGAAUUGAGACAACGUCGUCAGGCUCCACCCGGCUUGCCGCCACCACCCGAGGGCUUGCCGGCACCACCGCAAAUGUAAACAGCAUCAGGAUCCAGGCAGGAUCCAUCACGUAUAUGGUAUAUGGUUGGGCGUUUUAGCAGUGUCAAUGGGAACCACAUCGAGCAAGGCAAAAGGGAAAACCAAAGCGCACAAUAAAACUGUUUUCAAGCAUUCCAAAAAUCAACA